AUGGCUUUGAUACAUUCCAACUUUGACUUCUUGAAUAGACCUUGGUGGAGACCAGAUUAUGAUGACCGCGUUCAUCAGUAUUUUAUUUCAAAUACCACGCGCCUCCAACAAGCCAUAUUAUUAUCUGUUAAUAACGAAGAUGAGCUUUUUUGGGAGGGUUUCAUGGAACUUCAUCGCGAACGCUAUUUAAUCGAAUGCAUUUCAGCGGAAGGCAAUGUAGACAUCGAUGAUAUAAAACAGCUGUUAAAGAAAUCAUGGUUUAAACUAAAAAAAAUCCAAAAUCUUCACGAUACCAUUAACGGCAUUUUCCCGUCCAUCUUCUUUCUCAACCUUCCAAUGGAUCGCUUUACGCCUUUGCUCGCACAGCAGUUACAUCAACAGGUUGGCAACGGGUUGAUUGACAAUGCGGGUCGGUACAGAACGCGAUACGUUAUGGCAGCGCAAGAAAAUUAUGUUUAUUUGGCACCAAAUUUGAUAGGAGACAGAAUGGAAGAGCUAUUCCGUCAAUGUCGAGUAAGAUUUGGAGUAGAGGAAUUGGAGUUAGAUGAUGCUAUCAAAUUUGGGGCGUGUUUUCUCUCUCACUUCUUGUAUAUUCAUCCUUUUAUGAAUGGAAAUGGGAGUGUGGCUAGAUUGCUCUUAAGUUAUUUGCUAUCAAGAUUUACUGUAGUGCCACUUUCUUUGUACACGGGAACGAGAACACGGGAUAUAUAUUUACAGUGUCUGCGUGAAUCGAGGUAUCAUAAAUCAUUCAUGCCCAACGCACUCGCUACUUUUAUACUCGAGAAUGUAUACACGACCUCUCAUAACAUAUGUGCAGUGAUGGAUAUAAAUGUUCCGAAUAAUGUUUAA